UUAAAAAAGAGCAAUUUGACUCCGCCGGCAACGACGUAACCAAUAAGAACGCGGCCGUAUCCACUGUAAACAGGACCAUUGUCGACAAGAUCGCCGGAGCAAAUCUGUCAUUUCAUCUUCCUUCCUCUGGGACAAAAUUUUGCAGACGAAAGUAGAGAGAAAGAGAGGCGGAGAGAGAGAGUCAUGGUGAAACUCUAUCUGUAAUCAAAACUUCAAGAGUUCGCCAUUUGAUUUCUUUUGAAUCACCGAAGACGUAAUAUCGUUCUAAACAUCGAAGUGCAGAAAUAAGCUAAAAUGGGUGAUGGAGUUCAAUAGCAUCAAUUAACGCUUUGAGACUCUUGAUUUGGUGUGAAGAGUUUUGAAUAGUUCUCAUUGAGGACCUCAGGUGGAAGGCCAAAAAGGAAUUCACUCAUGGCAUCUCCGAGGGAAAAUUUCAGCCUUUCAGGACCACUGCAUCUGACUGCUGUUAACUGGAAAGACCCAAAUCACCGACGAUCUGUUGCUGCUAGCUUGGUUCAGGGAGUGUACAUUCUGGAACGUGAUCGCCAGCAGAAACGCCAAGGGCCUCAAGCUCUUGCUCGUCCCUGGUGGGACUUUUUUCAUUUUCAGUUAGUCCGUGUGCUAGUAGAUAAUGCUGACCUCUCCAUCUUUGGCGCAAUUUAUGAGUUCAAAUUCCCAGCUUCCUACUGUUAUGGUAUGGCCCCAAACCCCCCAAGAUUUGUUAUUGCCUUUCGAGGCACAAUCCCCAAACCAGACACUAGGUCUCAGGAUCUCAAGUUGGAUCUCCAGUUCAUUUGCAACAGACUUCAACAGAGCUCCCGCUUUCAGCUUGCAAUGCAAGAAGUUCAAAACAUGGCUGCUGUAGCUGGAGCUGCAAACAUUUGGUUAGCUGGACAUUCUUUGGGGUCAGCCAUCGCACUGCUCGCCGGAAAGAAAAUGGUUAAGACGGGCUGUCCUAUUGAAACUUACCUUUUCAAUUCACCAUUCAUUUCUGCGCCAAUAGAGCAGUUCAAGAAUCAUAAAGUGAAGCAUGGGAUACGCAUUACAAGCAGCGUCAUCAAGGCAGGAGUUGCUGUUGCUCUAAAGGGUCAUCAACAAAGGCGUCAAGAAAAUGACACUUUUGUUGUAUUAUCUGCAUGGGUCCCCAACCUUUUUGUGAAUCCUUCUGAUCCCAUCUGCUCAGAGUAUAUUGGGUAUUUUCAACACAGGGAGAAGAUGGUGAAGCUUGGUGCCGGAGAAAUUGAAAGGCUUGCAACACAGAAUUCAAUAGGGAGUCUAUUCUCAAGUGGGAAGGCUUCAGAAUCACUGCAUCUUCUUCCUUCAGCAAAUCUGACAAUAAAUCUGAGCUCUUAUGAAGAUUUUAAACAAGCCCAUGGAAUCCACCAAUGGUGGAGACCAAAUCUCUACUCGCAGUCCAACCUACACCAAUUCAGCUGCAACUCCUUUUGUCCUCAACUGCAUAAUGGGAAUGGAUAGAUGGCAGAGAAUGUGAAUGCCAUAGUAAAAUUGUGAAUCUAUUGUUCAAGACUGUUUAAUUUUAGCUGCACAGAAUUUGGGUUAGUAUGUUUGUGUGAAUGGUGGUGGUGGUUGUAUUGAGAGAAGGGGAAGAAAAAGUGCAGUUAACAACAAUGUUUACUUCUUCUCUUUCCAUCUUAAAGAUUUUGUUUAUCUGUAACUUUAUUUUUCGUUAUAGGUUAAAAAAAUAAAAAAUUUAAUUUAAUUUUUUUUCCGAAA